AUGGUCAAAACGGCCAAAGGACAAGACGUUGAAACUGUACGACAUUAAUCAAAAAUUGAAGAAAACUGUAAGUUCGAAAAAAAAAACCCCGAAAAUAACCAUUUUUUGUAGAUCUACGAACACGCAGUAAUCGUCGACCUUCUGCUUCUCAAGUCGGAAAGUAUACGGGAAGACGAUAUCGCGAUGAAUUAUUGGCGAACAGCCAGGGAUUUUUUUCGAAUUUACUCCUCAAAUAUAAAUUUAAAAAAAAAUAUAUAUAUUUUUAUAUUUUUGCUCUAUUUUUUUAUGUGAUGUGAGAUUUGAUUUAUAAAUUUUUUUGAUUUUUGUAAUAAAUUUUUUUAUCGGUUUCUAGAGUGGAAUCACUUGCGAAUUGUCUUGAAAAUCUCGGAAUACUUUAUUCGAAUUCGAAUUUUCAGGGUAUCUAGAGCUUUUUGAACAAGUUUUGAAAGAAAAAAGUGUAUUUCCAGUCCGAGAAUGGAGAAGCUUGCGAACUUUUACCGUUGGACGGAUUGGAAAAUACGGAAAUUGUUGAAAAAUACGAAUCGGACGAUCAGUCCGAUCCUUUGGACGGCACCGCGGCUGAAGGAAAAAUCCUUGCCGAGCGCUUCGUUCAAAUCCGAGCUUCCAGUAGAACUUCGUCCUAAACUCGACUUUAUCGUCAAGGAAACCUUGGUAAAUCGAUUGUUUUAUUGAAAUUUUAAGAAACGCACGUUUUUUUUUCUGUUCAAAGUGGUUACGACGAUUUCGAAAUUGAAGCUUUUUGUUUAAAAAUGAUUUUGUGGAAUACUUAAAACUGGAAAUUCCUUGAAAUAAAAUGGGUCUACAAACGAGAUAGUGGAAAAAUCAAAAUUUUGGGUGUUUUUAACCAAAUUUUUUCAGUCAUACGUAAAUACCGUGAUAUAGCCCAUUCCGCGCCAGCCUUUCCCUUUUUCAUUAUUCUUCCGAGCUACAGAAACCUCCCGAGAAAUAUCAUUUCGAUACGCUUGCCCUGCAUGUGUACCUGCGCCUUUAAUAUAAAAGCGUUUAAGAUCAAAUUAAAGGCGCAUGGAAAGAAACACGCCGUGCUCAUCGAACGGAAGCUUCUGGGAAAGGGUCUAAAAAAAAAUAACGCGUCAGUUUCGAAAUGGCCCAGAUUAAUUUAAGAACGGCAUUCUUUUUUGAGGAACCCAAUUCUUAAAAACCCCUCGAUUCAACUGAAAAUAUCAUUUCGGAGCUCAUGAUCUGUUAUAUUUAUCUAUAAAAAAAUUUUUUUGAAAUUUAAGGGGUACUUCAUAAUCUCAAGAUCAACGUUGAAAAAAAUUAGCGAUUUUUAUACUUCGAACUGGUGUUCUAAAAUAAUUCGCAACGUUAUUUUUUUAGUGAAUAAGUACAGACAGAGGCCAAAAAAAUUUCCAAAAACCAUUUCCACCUCUAAAAAAAUAUAAAAAAAUCGACAUAAGUUGCUCGCCAUGUUUGUAUAAUUCACUCCAAGCUAGCUUGUCACGUUUUUUUGUUCACCAAAAAGACCCUAUACCAAAUUGGACCGAUAUUGACCACUUUCCCUUCAAGACCUUUGAUUUUUGCAGUUUUCCAGAGUAGAAGUGCUGAAAAGCCCUUAUUACAGAGUUUCUUUCAAAUUUCGUUCUUUUGAAACGUGACCAUCUUGCGCGCACCACAUUCUAUUAACCAGGAAUUUGUUCCCCCGACCUCCUGAUUCCAGAAACAGAAGAAAAAUUUCUCGCAGCAGGUUGGGUUUUUCGAGUUGAGACGCUUUAAAAGUUUGAAAUAGCGCUUUUUUUUUUGUAUUUUGCGUGUUUUGCUGACUUUGAAGCUCCAUGACUCGAAAAAAAAAAUUUGAUUGCGAAAAAUCCUCUUCUUGCUCUGCAAUCAGGGGGUCCAAAAGUACACCAGCAAAAGAUGUUCAAAAAUUCGACCGGGCGUUAAAAAAAAGUUCUCCAUUAAGUGUAACUUUCUCCAAGUUACAGCUCUUCUCUCGGCUCAGCCCGAUGUUCCCUUCAAAACUGGACGACAAGGCCUGGAAAUCGUUACUGGAGUGUCAGAACAGGAAACAGAGGCUCGACCAGAUCAUAUUCCUCAAAAAUGUCGAGAAAAUACGUGAACGUGAAGCGCUGAAGAAAGUUGAGGCAAGGGAAGCCAAGAAGGAGGUUUUUCUGAACAACUGGAAAAAAAAAUCAAAGCAUUUUUAUUCAGACGAAAACCGCAAACGGCGAUGGUCUUUGCUUGAUCGACAUCAGCAACAAGUUGGGUGAGAUUAUUUGA